AUGAAACCAACCCUCAUUUCGUUCAGUUUCCCUCGCAGGAUCAACUUCCCGGUGGUCCCUCUAGCUCAUGGACCUCUCCGGACCACUACCAGAACCCACAGACUCAUCCAGUUGCUCCAUCAGGGCCUAAAAUAAAGACUCGUGGUCGCCACCAGAAUGAGCCACCUGAACUUAUCCAUGAACCGCCUUCCUCAAGACCCUUGCCACUGAGACCAGAAGAACCGUUACCACCAGGCCGUAAUCCAAACUCUAGUAGGCCAUUCCCUGAAGAUCAACAACAACCUCCACACCAUGGUGGCUAUAGACCUGAACCAACUCCAUGGAGAACCGCUCCAGCACGACCAACGCACCAUCAACAAGGUCCAAAGAAGACCAAACCCAUGAAACUACCGGCUACAGUCUGCUGUGCAAUUCUCUUAGUCAUCCUGAUUCUCUCCGCCCUCAUCCUCCUCCUCGUUUACCUCAGCAACCGUCCACACACACCCUACUUCGACAUCGCAGCAGCAAACCUAAACACCGCGAAUCUCGAAAUGGGUUACAUUCUAAACGGAGAUCUCGCCGUUGUGGUAAACUUCACAAACCCAAGCAAGAAAAGCAAUAUCGACUUCAGCUACAUAAUGUUCGAGCUCUACUUUUACAACACACUCAUAGCAACCCAGCGCAUCGAGCCAUUCAUUGUUCCAAAGGGAAUGUCCAUGUUCACGAGCUUCCAUCUCGUGAGCAGCCAAGUCCCGAUUCAAAUGAUUCAGAGCCAGGAGUUGCAGCUUCAGCUAGGUACUGGUCCUGUGUUGUUGAACCUGAGAGGAACGUUUCACGCUCGCUCGAACGUUGGGUCGUUAAUGAGAUACUCUUAUUGGUUGCACACACGUUGCAGCAUCUCUUUGAAGAACCCUCCUUCAGGGUACAUGCGAGCAAGAAGAUGCAUUACAAAACGCUAGCAAUUUUCCUGCGACUAAAGCAUAAUACUAUUUUUUUGUUUGACGCAUUUGAUGAUUAUAUAUGCAAAUAUAUACUUUUGUAUUGUUUCCAUAUUUUUUUUCUGCUACAUUUAGAAAUAAAACAAAAUUUUGCAUAGGAAAAGUGCUUUUGAUCUUGUAUCUUGAAUAAAAGUAUUGAUCCA